AUGUCCACCUCAGCACCAGUCACACCAGAUUCGUCACAUCUCGAAAGAGUGAACUAUCUGUUCGGUCAUCCAAUUGCUCACUCCCUUUCACCACUCCUUCACCAGACAGUCUACGACAACCUGAAGUUAAAAUGGUCACAACUUCCUCUCGACUCGACUGAUAUCCCUAACUUUCUUCGCCUCACUAAAGACCCAAAGUUCUAUGGAGCAUCAGUGACAAUGCCUCACAAAGUGGCAAUCAUUCCUCAUCUGGACGAAGUCACUCAGGAAGGCAAAGAUAUCGGCGCAUGCAACACCAUUUUCUUCAAGGAGAAAGAUGGAAAGCGGGUCAUGUGCGGUACCAAUACUGAUUGCUUUGGAGUUCGGGACGCCUUCCUUCAGAAUCUGCCCAAAGGAGCAAGCAAAGACUUGUAUCGUGGACGACCAGGUCUUGUCAUUGGAGGAGGAGGAGCUUGCCGAUCUGCAGUAUAUGCACUGCAUAAGUGGCUUGGAUGUAGCCAAAUCUACCUUGUAAAUCGGGACGAUUCGGAAGUUGAAGCUGUUCUAUCAGACUGCAAGAAAGCUGGAUUUGGAGAGUCUUUGGUACAUGUCAAGACUAUUGAGCAAGCCAAAGACCUAGCAGCACCAGGGGCAAUCGUGGCCUGCAUACCAAACUUCCCUCCUAAGACUCCGGAGGAGAUUCGGGCGAGGAAUGUGAUUGAAUGCUUCCUUGGAAAGGAGGACAAGGGUGCGAUUUUGGAGAUGUGCUAUCAUCCUACACCUUACACGGAAAUUGCAGAAGUGAGUGAGAGAUUGGGCUGGCAGGUUAUCUUGGGGACCGAAGCCAUGAUUUAUCAGGGAUUAGAGCAAGAUAGGCUGUGGACUGGGAAGGGUUUGACAGAACUGCCUACGAAGGAGGUCCAUCACGCUAUCGCUGCUGCUUUGGAGGCUCAUAAAAAGCAUUGA